CUGCCAGUUUUGGACGUAGAUUGGUAGAUUCCUGAAGGAACUAUGAAAAGAUAAUCCAGCAGCCUCAUUAACUGUGGACCUGUGGACCAGGACCAGCACGGUGGAAGUGGAAGGAUGGAGCUAAACAAAAAGACCCAAAACUUGGUAAUCAUGUCAUCAUUUUUAAUGCUAUAACAUUCUCUUAUUUAGACAAUUGCCAAUCCGAGAAAAUGCAACCUGUGAUGGGAGCACGUGAGUGGAACACGUGGAUCGAGGAAGAGGAGGAAGACUGGAAGAGGAAGAAGAUGGGGUCAGCAUUAGUUCCUGCAAACCAAAAACCAGAAAGGAGACAGCUUAUGAAAAAAGCCUUUCUCGUUGCUUUCUCGUGAGGUCAUGAAUCAUGACACGCUUAGUGGGCCCCCAUUCUUCUGUUCUAUUGUCUUUGCCUCCCCUCUCCAUGUUUAUAUGGGCCCGGUCUGGGUUACUGGAUCCAUAAGGAGUACAUUUCUCGUUUUUCAUUGAACCCAGUUUUGACCCAUUAGUUCCCAAAAAUAGCUUUCCAGCAAUAUAAUUUGGAAAAAUAG